UAGACCAGAAAGUGCAGCGUUUUAUGACGUCAACAAAGGAAGCGAAGCUGUGUGCCAUUCUAUCAUUGAGAAUUUCAAGAUACAAAGUAAUUGGCCUUUGCUAUGUUGUUCUCAUUUACAAAGACUAGGCUACUAGCAGCUCAAAACAGUAGCUAGCUAGUUGGUUGCAACAGUAAGUAGAGUUUGCUGCCUGUAAUAUAAUCCUAUAACGAGCUAUGAUUAUGUCUUGAGAGGGUUGGGAGCAACAUGAAUGCAAAUGUCAUAUUGAAGGGUUAGCGGACAACGUCACGAAAACGAUGCUUCAAUGGGGCAGAACUCCUUGUGUUUUGAUUCUGGAUGUCCAACUAGCUAACAAUGACUAGAAGCUGCCGUGUGGGGAAUCGUUUCAUAUCGUUUUAUUCGUUCCUUGAUAGAAUGUCGUUUUUUCAGGUGUUUUAACUGUUGCCACGUCAUCUAUGCUAUAAUGGCUAAAUUCCGCUAGCUAGCUAACCAACAACUGUAACGAUGUAUUUGAGAGACAGGCUCUCAUUUUGCAGAAAAUGUAUUUAUGAAUUCAAUAGACAUUGGAGACGAAAUAUAGUUUUACAUGUUAUCAACAAUUUAAGACACCCCGGGUUGUUUUGGCCUAGUUGUGUGCGCGUCGGUUUUGUUGCUAAACAACAAACCCGUCUAUAGGCCAAUUAUUACUGGUAGGUUGACUGUUAGAAACGUAUGCAGUUACAUGUAUUGUUCAUGCAGACCUGUGGUUUCUUCAAUUACCCGAUGAUUGGUCAAAUCAAAUUGGAUUGGUCAUAUACACAUGGUUAGCAGAUGUUAUUGCGAGUGUAGCGAAAUCUAACAAGUAGUAUCUAACCAUUACAAAACAAAAGCCUAAUACCCACACAUCUAACUAAAGGAAUGGAAUAAGAAUGUAUACAAAUAUGGAUGAGCAAUGUCAGAUCGGCAUAGGCUAAGAUGCAACAGAUGUGAGAUGAGUAAUGCAAGAUAUGUAAACAUUGUUAAAGUGGCAUUAUUAAAGUGACUAAUGUUCCAUUUAUUAAAGUGGCCAAUGAUUUCAAGUCUGUGUAUAGGCAGCAGCCUGUCUGUGCUAGUGAUGACUGUUUAACAGUCUGAUGGCCUUGAGAUGGAAGCUGUUUUUCAGUCUCGGUCCCAGCUUUGAUAAACCUGUACUGACCUCGCCUUCUGGAUGAUAGCGGGGUGAACAGGCAGUGGCUCGGGUGGUUCUUGUCCUUGAUGAUCUUUUUGGCCUUCCUGUGACUUAUAAUGUUGCAUGGUUUAUUAAUAUGAUCACUGCUUGGUAUAGCUCUCUAAGGGUGAUGCUCAAUAAAACCUGCUCUUUUCCCCACAAAAUUCAAACGAAGAAGCACUCUAGUCAACAAGAUGAAAAGCACGCCUGGGGAAAAGCAACACAAUAAAACCAAGCGGACUAAACACCAUCCAGACCCCAUCAAAACAGAGUGUGGAACACAGUCAGAUGAUGUUGUCUGCAAUAGAGAUGAACCAGACAUUAGCCAAUCACCCUACAUUACUAAAGGGAAGAAGCACAUCAAACAUCAAAAUACAUCCAUUCCAAUGACCGGGUGUAGCCAGAUAUCAUGGAGUCCUGUGGUGACGCUAACAAGAUUGUCUAAAGUGGUGGUUAAGACUCUUCUGCGAGACACUAAAGUGUGUUUGGUGAAGGAGGAAAACCCAGACGAGACAGAUGGAGUCUCUUCUCCUCAAUUCUUUCCUUGUCCACACUGCACCAUCUCCUUCACUGACUGUUACUUCCUGGAGAACCACAUAAAGACCAAACACCCGAAGCAGUACCUGGCUUUGUUCAAAAGCUAUGUCUCAAGAAGUAAAACUGUGUAUGCCCCAACACACAGCUGUCCCCACUGUAGCUGCAUGUUCCAUACCCCACGACAGCUACACGCCCACAUCUGUCAGGCCCACCCCUCUCCCUAUCUAAGGAAACUCCACCCCUGCCCCUAUUGUGAACGCAGCUUCCAGUACAUAGCCAGACUGCAUACUCACUGCAAGGUUUGGCACAAAAUGGCUGUUACUUUCAUCGAUGGAUACCUCAGUUGCGCAGACUGUGGAAAGAGCUUCAGGAAUUGCUGGGGACUGGGGCCUCACCAGUGUCACAAACCUGAGGACACUAAGCCUAAGGAUGGCCCUGUCUGUCUGAACAUUGGCAUGCCAUGCUCAGAGUGUGGCAAAAGCUGCUCUAGUCCUCAGAAUCUGCUCAUUCACAUGCGCACACACACAGGCGAGAAGCCUUACGUCUGCAAGGAGUGUGGCAAGAGCUUCUCAGAAGCCAGCAGUCAUUGCAAACACAUGAUGAUACACUCAGGGGUCAAGCCAUUCAAAUGCCAGGAUUGUGGAAAGGGUUUUGCCCGGAUGGGGCGACUCCGAGUUCACAUGACCGUUCACUCUGGCGAGAAGCCUUUAUCCUGCCCCAAAUGUGACAGGCGGUUUGCAUACAGUUAUUCUUUGAAGCUUCACCUGCGCACACACUCAGGGGAGAGACCUUUCAAAUGCACUGUGUGUGGUAAAGACUUUGCGGACAACGGUUAUCUGAAGACGCAUCUGAAGAUCCACAACAAUGAAAGGAACUACCAUUGUGGGGUUUGUGGGCUGAAGUUCAUAAACAGUGCUGCAUUGAAAACCCACCAGCGCACACACACUGGGGAGAGGCCUUUCCAUUGCACAGUGUGUGACAAGACAUUUUUCCGACACGCACACCUGAAGAACCACCAGCGCACUCACACAGGUGAGAAACCAUACACCUGUACUGAGUGCAGCAAAAGCUUCACUCAGUCUGGAGAUCUCACAAAACACAUACGCACCCACACUGGAGAGAAGCCGUAUGAAUGUUCUGUCUGCCACGGCUGCUAUACCUCUUCAGGGGAUCUGGGCAAACACAUGAGGAUCCACAAUAACUCACGGCCAUAUCACUGCCAGGAGUGUGACAAAAGCUUCCGCAUGGUCGGUCACCUUAAAACUCACAUGAGGACCCACACUGGGGAGAGACCGUACUCCUGCCCUCGCUGCCAUCGUACUUUUGCUCGCACCCACCACCUCUCUGGUCACCUGCCUAGAUGUUGCUGAAUGAUUAGAUUAUUUAUAUACAGUCAACUAUUUUACUCUUGUAGUUAUUUAAUAAAGAACAGUGAUGUACAGAAGAUGGUUUUGUGCCCGACUUUGUUGUGUUAAUAACAAUAAAUGGUAAUGUCAAUAAAGGCCGCUAUAAUCUGUGAAAG